CCUAGCAACAGCAACGAUAUACGUGCAGAAUUCGCACGACAUUUUAAUUUACGUGUUUAUUUAAUUUUCUACAAGUUUUACAAUGCCGAAAGUUAUCAACAAGAACCCUCAUGAGGGCAUACCAUACCACACCUUGCAUUUUGGUGACGAGCCGGGCUGCUACCAGUUACAUAGACCAUCGCAAUGCCGCCUCAAGUUUCCCAUCACCAAGAAACCAAUUCACAAAUGCGAGCCAGAACCAAAGGAGACGGUGAUGAUCCCGCAGACAGGCAGCUUCAGGAAACUGCUCAUCCCCAAGAGAAGGCCCAACUACUACCCCGCGAUCAUGCACAAGUCGGAGUUUGAUAGGCUGAAGAAACAGGCCAAGAUAGUCUCCCAAGAAGAGCAGCUAGCAGCCAUGCACGCCCAAGAGACGGCCAUACAGAAGGCUGCCAAAGCUUCCGAAGCCAGGAAGCAGCAGCUCAAGAAGAACCUCAAGCCGCAGCCAGGAGCUGAGACUGCCACUGGCACUGCCGACCCUGAGCUUGAGGGACCCGACCAGGCCGCGCAUACUCUGUCGAGGGCUGAGAUGCUCCGCGCGGACGACAUGCAGGGUCCGCGGCUGUGCAACCGCAUCAUCCUGGCAUCCAAGUGCCACGCCAUCAGAGACGCGCAGAUCACGGAGAAGGAGCUCAUCAAGAAGGAACUCGAUGAGGAGCAGAGGAGACUGGACGCCAUAAUGGAGGAGAACCGCACCCGCGCGGUGACUCGCGGCGAGGAGGAGGAGGAGCGGCGCCAGCGCCUGCGCCUGCAGAACCUCGCCGCGCUCAAGGAGCAGAUACAGGCGCAUGAGACUGCCAAGAUAAUGGAAGCAGAGCGCAUAGAGGAAGAGAGUAUCCGCGUAAACCAGGCCAACAUCGCCAUGCAGAUCGACGAGGCGCAGAAACUCAAGGAGAAACACCAGAGACAGCACAAGCUUAAGGAGAUGCUGGAUCAGGGUAACGCGGAGCUCCUGUACUACAAACAGCUACAAAACGAGGAGGAGCGCAUCAUGGACCUCCGCAUCGCCAACUUCCUCCGACAGAAGCAGGAGAGAGAGAGCAAGAACAGAGAGGAGGCGGAGGCAGUUAAGGCUGCUAAACAGAAGGGGAUCGAUCACAUCUCUAAGGCUCAGAAGGCUGAACAAGAGCUGAAAGAGGAACUAGAACGCAUCCGCAACCUGAAGAUCCAGGAGGACGUGGAGCGCGAGUACCGGCGCCGCGAGCGAGACGCCGCCAUCAAGCGCAACCGCGAGAUGAAGCAGCUGCACGAGGCCAGGGUGCAGCAGAUCAACGACAUCCAUCGUCUGAUAGCUCGCGAGAUCGCGAAGGACGAGCAGAGCUUCAACAACGCGGCAAGACAGAACGAGGAGUACAUACGCAAGGAGAAGGAGUUGGACGACAAACGAAAGGCACGCAUCGAGCAACAUCGUCAGGCUAUCAUGAAGCAGAUCAAUGACAAGGAACGCGCCAGAGCUGAUCUCCGCGAGAAGAUCCACAACGAAGGCGUAGCACUGCGCAUGGAGCAGGAACAACAGGAGAAAUACGAGAAAGCUGUCAUCAAGGAGAAGGUGGCCGAGAUGAGGACCCAGAAGGUAGCGGAGAAGUAUGUGAAGGAAGUGGAACAGACACUCACCAAGCACGGGUAUAACCAGUAACGUAGGGUCAUGUAGGUCAAUGUGUGUGAUGAAUGUAUUUUUUAAACUUAUUCUGGAUUAAGAUUGAGAUUUUGCGGGGGUUUUGUGUCAAGUUUCCCCCAAAUCGUGAGACAAUUGUUUCACGCACCUGAGAAAUCAAACUUUUUCAUUAUUUUUUUUCUUGUGAGAUGUGACAGGUUUUAAAAAGCGUAACAUAUGUAUAUGAAAUUUCCUGCUUACAUGCGUAUUGAAAAUGUAAAAUAUUCAUCGAGUGCCAUAUGAAAACAGUACCUAUACUAUGUGCCGCUCGUAAAACUAUAGCAUUUUCUUUACAGAAUUUGAGCAGGGUAUUGAUUUAAUUGAAAAGAAAACUAGUUUUUGUUCUACUAUUUUCAAAAAGUUUUUUUUUCUGUUAUACAAAGCUAGGUGCACGGUUUCCAAAAAGCUAAAGGGCUUAUUACAUUUGACUAAAUUCAGUCGUCUAAAUAGGUUUGUCUAAUUAGGUUUCUAAAUGAUUUAAUGAAACCUACCUUCCUAAAUGCGAUUACAUUUGACUGAAUUUAGUGACUGAAUCAUUUAGACGACUGAAUUUAGUCAAGUGUAAUAAGCCCUUUAGAAUAUAUUUUAUAUCAAUCAUGAUUUAUUUUAAAGUAACUAAUGUGUUCACCAGUUGUAAGCUUAGGUUAGUGGUUUGAUAAAAUCUUAUUUGUGGAAAUACUUUGGAAACAAAGAUAUAAUAAUUUGU